UUCAAUCCCCAAUAUAAAAAAGAAAAGAAAAGAUUAAGUUUAUCUGGGAAUGUAACAUUGCAAUAGAAAUAAAUGAUCCAUAGUUAACUACCAGCAUAUUCAAGGAGAUUGAGGCAAGAAGUUUUUGAAGGUGAAAUGGAUUACAUAAAAUAUUUUAAAAUAAUAAUCCUUGGCUAGAAGUAUAAAUAACAAGGGUGGCAUCCGUCCAAGGUUAAAUACACAGUUGUUGGGCAGAUGUCUGUGCAGAAUUAUUUCUGUGUAAGGUUGUUGUGGCCUUUGUACAAGAUUGUGAUUCCAGCAGAGACCUUUGUGAAUAGUUCUUAUUAUCAAACAUGCAUAGGUAAGAUUCCCUCCUCUGUAAACCUCCCAAUUUUAUUAAUUUCGGAGAGGGGUAUUCAGGGCUCGACAAAAGUAACUCCACUUUGAUUCUGACAACUUUCACAAUUACAAAGAGGCACAAAGGAAUUUGGGAUGGCGAUGGAAAUGUUUUAUAUCCUGACUGUGAUGGAUGGUUACAUGAGAUUUCUUAAAACUCGAAAACAUUAAAAACAGCAAAUUUUACUGUUUGCAAAUUUUAUCUUAAUAAACAUGACUAACAAGAAAGAAGGGCAGAAGAAUGUGAAAGUUGAGAAAGGGAGGAGAAAGAAAAAGAGCACAGGAAGAUGGCCUUGAACUGAUUGGUAGCCUGCAGAGAUUGGUGACGACGGACACGCGCACACACACACACACACACACACACACACACACACACACACACACACACACCCCUCUUCCAGCUUGGGCCUCUCCCUGAUAAGCGAACGUGGUCUCCGCCUCCCUCAUCUGAGCCCCCACUGUGGGCGGGACCAGAACCCGGCCUCAAGGAAUGCCCGCCCCUUCAGGUCCGUUACCGGGAUACUGGGGCUAAGGCAUUUCCUGCCUGGAGGUCUUGGCCACUCCCGCUGCCUUGGAGACCUGCUUGGGAGCUAGGGGACGCUAUCUGGCCCAGCGAGCGGCAGAAGAAAGAGGACAGAGGUCUUGGACUAGUUGAACAGGUGRCUGGCUGAGCAGGGAUCUGGGCUAGGGACCACUCUCCCAUCCACCCGCACUUGUACACACCUCCCCAACCCCAYCCCGGAGUAGAUCUGUCCCAGGCAUUUCCCUAGUGAGGAGGUCCAGAGUUGGUGGCUCAAAGCCCCACCAGAUCCGUCUCUUCCCCGCUGCAGCCAUGUUUGUCACGGUGAUGUUUGGAGCCGGCUGCGGGGAGCUGGUGAACCCCUGGUGCAGCCUAAUGACCCUCACUGCCCACUUGAAGCAGAGGGGGCAGGUCCCCCCAGAUGAAACCAUUGCCCUCUUAGCUGAGGAUGGACAACUUGUGAGCCUAGGUGAGGACCUAGAGGAGAAGACUUCCCCAGCCUCCUCCAAGGGCAGUCCUCUUCUACAGGAACGAGGGACAUAUGUCCUUGUGAAAAUCAUCAGGGGAGAGGAUGGGACACCUAUCCGCUAUGAGUCCCUACUAGAGAACCUGGAUGAUCAGUGUCCGGAGCUGGCAGAGGAGCUGCGCUGGCUAUCAGGCGUCCCCACCAUGGGCAAUGGCCGGAGGAGACGCAUGAGCACUCGGCGUAGCCAUCGAGAACUAGAGCCCCCUUCAAGAGCUGGAAGGGUGAGCUCCCUGCCAUCCAGGACUCGCUAG